AUGGCCUCCAAAGGUCCACGGUCCAAGCUUGAUCAUGAAACGCGGGCUAGGCGGCAAAAGGCACUAGAAACUCCCAAAGAACCUCAACGUCCUAGAGCACACUGGAAUCAUGUUCUGGAAGAGAUGGCGUGGUUGUCAAAGGGCAUGGUGGAUCAGGCCACAAGGGGAGAGAAGAGAGUGAAGGACGAGGAACAGCGGUUGAGAAAAGUGGCGGUCAAUAUUUCUAAGGAUGUAAAGAAAUUUUGGACAAAAAUAGAGAAACUGGUCCUGUACAAGCAUCAGCUAGAGCUUGAUGAAAAGAAGAAAAAAGUACUUGAUAAGCAGCUGGAGUUUCUUCUAGGGCAAACUGAAAGGUACUCAACGAUGCUGGCAGAGAACCUUGUAAACUCACCAACUCCUCGGAAACCAAUCAACUCAUACUCUGCUCAAGAGCAAUUGAGUAUUCAGUGGAAAGAAGGGGGUGAAGAUAGUAUUAAUAAGACAACUAAUUCAAAGACUGGAUCUCAAUCAAAGUCUCCUGAUGUUGAUGAAGACUACGAUGUGCAUUCUGAUGAUGAAUCAGAAGACGAUGAGCAUACUAUUGAAGAAGAUGAGGCCCUUAUAACUAAGGAAGAGAGAGAAGAAGAACUGGCCGCUUUACAAAAUGAAAUUGAUCUACCUCUUGAGGAGCUACUUAAACACUAUGCUGCAGAGGAAGUUAUCAAAGAAAAUAGCCCAGAGAAUAUUGUACCUCGAGCAAUUGAGAUAAAGGAAGAUGAUGUUGAUUUACCUGGAGCAAAUGAGGCUAGACAAGAGAAUAGUGAUUUACCUGGAGCUACUGAGGCAAUAGAAGACAAAGAUCACUCACCUGGAGCAACUGAAGCAAGAGAUGAUAAUGGAAAAAUGGAACAUAUUAUAUCUGUAUGUAAUAUCGACAGAGGCAGCCCACCUGCAAUACCUGGUCGUCGUUGUGUUGAAAGUAAUGGCAGAUUAGCUGUUUCCAAUAAUCAUUUUAAGGAAGUGGAGACAUGGAAAAUCAGAAAUCGAUCAAAGAAAUUUCACAGUUCAAAGAAAAAGCACAUGUUAGAUGACUUGAACGAUGAACAAGAUGAUGAUGAUUUUGUACUUUCCACCAGAGAAGAAAAGGAUUUUGAUAUGGAUGAUGAAACAACCUUGUUAGAGGAGGAGGAACUAGCGAAGGCAGAAUCUAAUGACACUGUGAAUGAGAUUGCACUGCUGCAAAGGGAAAGUGAAAUUCCGAUACAUGAGCUGCUUGCAAGGUAUAAAAAGGAAUGUGACACUUACGAUGAUAUGGAUGUUGACUCUGAAUCUUCACAUGCUUUUGCUUCUGAGGAAUCCCUGGCUUCACCAGUGCAGGGGAAUUCUGAAUGUAAGCAGCCUGGUGAUAAAUCUAAUGAAUUUCAGCAUGACAUGUGCUGCCACGCAGAACACGAAAUUGAAUAUAUUGGGAAAUCUGGAGAUGAUAAGCAGAGUGAUAAUAUAGCUGCUGUUGCAGCUGCUGUUGCCAGGUCAGCACAACCAAUGGGUAACACAUUCUCAACAACGAAAGUGUGGACUAAGUUCCCUUUUCUUCUCAAGUAUCCUCUCCGUGAGUAUCAACAUAUUGGCUUGGAUUGGCUAGUAACAAUGUACGAGAAGAGACUUAAUGGGAUUCUUGCUGAUGAAAUGGGUUUAGGGAAAACAAUCAUGACAAUUGCUCUGCUUGCUCAUUUAGCAUGUGAGAAAGGAAUAUGGGGCCCCCAUCUGAUUGUUGUCCCAACCAGUGUCAUGCUCAACUGGGAAACCGAGUUUCUUAAAUGGUGUCCUGCUUUUAAAAUAUUGACCUAUUUUGGAAGUGCAAAAGAGAGAAAAAUAAAGAGGCAAGGGUGGUUGAAACUGAAUUCUUUUCAUGUUUGCAUAACAACUUACAGGCUUGUGAUUCAGGAUUCAAAAGUUUUCAAGAGGAAGAAGUGGAAGUACCUGAUUCUGGAUGAAGCUCAUCUGAUAAAAAAUUGGAAGUCACAAAGAUGGCAAACACUCCUUAACUUCAACUCAAAAAGGCGUAUUCUUUUAACUGGUACACCUCUACAGAAUGAUCUCAUGGAACUUUGGUCUCUCAUGCAUUUCUUGAUGCCUCAUAUCUUCCAGUCUCACCAAGAAUUUAAGGAUUGGUUCAGUAAUCCUAUAUCUGGGAUGGUUGAGGGACAAGAAAAGGUAAACAAAGAAGUAGUCGACAGGUUGCAUAAUGUCCUCCGCCCUUUUUUACUCCGUCGAUUGAAAAGGGACGUUGAGAAGCAGCUUCCUAUGAAACAUGAACAUGUCAUCUACUGUAGACUCUCAAAGAGACAGCGUAACUUGUACGAAGACUUCAUUGCUAGCUCUGAGACGCAGGCCACUCUAGCGAGUGCAAAUUUUUUUGGAAUGAUCGGUGUUAUCAUGCAACUUCGUAAAGUCUGCAAUCAUCCUGAUUUAUUUGAAGGCCGUCCAAUUGUUAGUUCUUUUGAUAUGAGUGGCAUUAACGUGCAACUGAGUUCUGCUGUUUGCUCAAUACUCAUGCGUGGUCCAUUUUCAACUGUUGACCUUAGUGGUUUGGGGUUUGUCUUUACUCACUUAGAUUUCUGCAUGACAUCUUGGGAGAGUGAAGAAAUUCAAGCUAUUGCUACCCCAUCAAGCUUAAUUGAGCAUCGCGCCAAUUUAAUAAAUUUGGGAGAACAAUGGUCUGGUUUCAAGAAUAAGAAAAAACCCCACAUGACCAACAUUUUUGAAGAGAUUCAAAAGGCACUUUUUGAUGAAAGAUUAAGAGAAGCCAAGGAAUGGGCAGGAUCUGUUGCAUGGUGGAAUUCUUUGAGGUGCAAGAGAAAACCCAUGUAUUCAACCAGUCUAAGAGAGCUUGUCACGGUGAAGCAUCCUGUCAAUAAUGUUCAUCAUUGGAAAUGUAAUCCUCUGUCUUACACGCACUCCUCUAAGCUUGCUCACAUUGUGCUGUCACCAGUAGAAAGAUUUGAAAAAAUGGUUGAUCAAGUUGAAAGUUUCAUGUUCGCAAUCCCUGCUGCACGUGCCCCUCCCCCUGUUUACUGGUGCAGCAAUGGCGGAACAAAUGUGUUUAUUCACGAAACGUACAAGGCCAGAUUCACUGAAGUUUUGUCUCCGCUUCUAUUCCCUGUUCGCCCUGCUAUUGUGAGAAGGCAAGUCUAUUUUCCUGAUAGGAGACUUAUUCAGUUUGACUGUGGUAAGUUGCAGGAGCUUUCGGUUCUUCUUAGACGUUUGAAAUAUGAAGGUCAUCGAGCACUUAUAUUUACCCAAAUGACAAAGAUGCUUGAUACUUUGGAGGCCUUCAUAAAUUUGUAUGGUUACACUUACAUGCGUCUAGAUGGUUCCACUCCUCCAGAAGAAAGGCAAACGUUAAUGCAGCGGUUUAAUACAAACGAUACAGUCAUUUUCUAUGAUAGCGACUGGAAUCCAGCCAUGGAUCAACAGGCACAAGAUAGGUGCCAUAGGAUAGGGCAAACGCGUGAAGUUCACAUCUAUCGGUUGAUCAGUGAGAGUACUAUUGAAGAAAAUAUCUUGAAGAAAGCGAAUCAAAAGCGUGCUCUUGAUGAUUUGGUUAUACAGAGUGGAAGCUACAACACUGAGUUUUUCAAAAAACUGGAUCCCAUUGAAUUGUUUUCAGGCCACAGAAAAACUCCUACUAAGAAUAUGCAGAAAGAGGAAGUUUCCCACGAUGGUGGUGACAUUACUCUAUCUUGUGUGGAUUUGGAGGCUGCAUUGAAAAAUGCCGAAGAUGAGGCUGACUACAUGGCAUUGAAGAAAGUUGAACAAGAGGAGGCUGUGGACAAUCAAGAGUUCACUGAGGAAGCCAUUACGAAGUUGGAAGAUGAUGAGCUGGUUAACGAAGACGAUGUGAAGCCUGGGGAACCUGCUGAAGAUGGUUUCUUGAACACUCCAUUUAAUGAAGGUGCUGCAGCUAUAAAUGGAAGUGAUGCUAUCGAGGAAAGGACACUCACACUUGCUGGUAAAGAAGAUGAUAUUGAUAUGUUGGCAGAUGUCAAACAGAUGGCUGCAGCUGCAGCUGCUGCAGGACAAGCAAUUACGUCCCUCGAGAAUCAAUUGCGUCCCAUUGAUCGAUAUGCCAUGCGUUUUCUCGAGUUAUGGGACCCCAUUAUAGACAAGGCUGCUGUGGAAUCAAACAUUCAUUUUCAGGAAACAGAAUGGGAGCUGGAUCGCAUUGAGAAGUUAAAAGAGGAUAUGGAAGCAGAGAUAGAUGAUGAUGAAGAACCUUUUGUGUACGAAAGAUGGGAUGCUGAUUUUGCAACUGAGGUAUACAGGCAAAAAAUUGAGGCGCUGGCUCAACAUCAGUUGAAGGAAGAGCUAGAAUGUGAAGCCCAAGAGAAUGAUGCAUUGGAAUGUGGAAAUUCUGAUUCUUUGAGGAAUGAUGUGUCUGUGGUUCCAAAACCCAAGUCAAAGAAGAAAGCUAAAAAAGCCAAGUUCAAAUCUUUAAAGAAAGGAGCUCUAGCUUCUAAAACAAAAGUUGUAAAAGAAAAAUCAUCUGUAGAACCAAUGUCCAUAGAUGAUGAAAUCAUUGAUGAUGAGACAACCUCCUCCUCAGAUGCAGUUUUCCCAUGCUCGGCUGGGGAGAAGAAACGUAAACCGGCAUCAGAUGAUGAUGAACAGAAGAGUACAAGAAAGUCCAAAAAAUUGAAAAAGGCUCCUGAUGUAUCCCCUAUUAUCCAUUCCAAAUUUCCCAGCAAGCAGCAGAAUGGACCAAAAGACUUGCAGCUAUAUGAAAAGGGUGGUGAUUUUGAAUCCAAGCAAACAAGCAAGGGCAAUAUUGGAGGGAAACUUUCAAUUUCUGUCAUGCCUCAGAAAUGGGUUUUCACAAUAAAACCAGAUAAGUUCAAAAAGAAAGGGAACAUUUGGUUUAAAGAUUGUUUCCCUUCACCUGACUUUUGGUCGUCACAGGAAGAUGCUACAUUGUGUGCUGUUGUUCAUGAGUAUGGCCCAAAUUGGAGCUUAGCAAGUGAAAUCUUGUAUGGAAUGACUGCUGGUGGGUCUUACAGGGGAAGAUUUCGUCAUCCAGUCCAUUGUUGUGAGAGGUUUAGGGAACUCAUUCAAAAAUACGUUUUGUCUGGCACUUAUGCUCCAUAUAAUGACAAAGCCGGCAAUUCUGGCUCUGGGAAGGCUCUUCUUAAAGUAACUGAGGACAACAUUGGGAUGUUGCUUGGCCUUGCUUCUGAAAUUCCUGAUCACGAAUCACUAGUUCAAAAACAUUUUUUUGCCUUGCUCUCUUCUACCUGGAGGGUUUCAUCCAGCCAUAGCCACAAACUAAGCACAUUGUUUUCCCAGAAUGGAUUCUAUUCUUCUGGCCAAUUGUUAGCUGCUACAGUUGAGCAUUUAUCUCGCAAAUCAUUGAGGAAACCAUCUGAAAAGAUGAGGUUGACUAAUUUGCAUCAGUGCGGCAAGUUAGUAGCAGCUGCUCUUAAAGGUGACUACAGUACGCAAAAUGCUGAUGGAGCCUCCAUUGUUAACCCGGAGGAGGAACCAUUGGUGGUAAAUGAGCAGUUGGAUAUUACCCUUGAACUUCAAGGAGAAAGGGACAAGGCAAUGCCCCUGCCCUCUGUCAUGAGACUUUCUAUAAAUGGCCCUGACCCUUCCCCAUCUUUUAAGGGUUAUGCAGGCAAAGAUCAUCAUUUUAAAUCUUCCCAUCAUAUAGUUGAAAACAGAUUCAGGGCUGUGUCGGGAACUUGUGUUGAAAGUUCUGUAGGGUGGGGAUCAGUGGCUUUUCCCACAGGUGAUGCCAGAUCUUCUGCUCAAAUGAAAUCACGGUAUUUAGGGAAACACAAACACCCCGUUUCUGAUUCAACUAAGCCCCCUAAAUCGAAACUGAGAAAAAUUGCUGUAGAUGCUACUGAUGUGCACCAGAUAACUGCUGGUACAGUAUUGGAACCAAUGGCGAAGCCGCUUGCUGACUUAGAUGUGACGGUUGAUGGAGUGUCCUCCUACAUGCCAGCAGCCGAGACACCUUCUUUUGACAAUAAUUGUGUGUUUGACAUGGAUGGUGAAGUGGUUCCAACCCUGGACAGUUUAGGGAUGGUUCCAUUUGACUUUGGACCUAAUCUAAUAUCCGGACUAGAUGAUUGGUCGACCUUACCUGAAUUUACUGAUAUUGGGUGA